AGCAGCUCCCUGGAUGCCACCGUAUCCACGGCCGGAGCCUCGCCUUUCUUUCUCUCCGCAGACCGCUCGACGCCCGGUCGGAGGCGAUCGCAGGAGCCCGCCAGGGAGGGCCGCGGCCAGCCAUGACCGAAACCACCAAGACCCACGUUAUCCUGCUGGCCUGUGGCAGCUUCAACCCCAUCACCAAGGGCCACAUUCAGAUGUUCGAAAGAGCCCGGGAUUAUCUGCAUAAGACUGGAAGAUUUAUUGUGAUUGGCGGAAUUGUUUCCCCUGUCCAUGACUCCUACGGAAAACAGGGCUUGGUGUCCAGCCGGCAUCGUCUCAUCAUGUGCCAACUGGCAGUUCAAUCCUCUGAUUGGAUCAGGGUGGACCCGUGGGAGUGCUAUCAGGACACCUGGCAGACGACCUGCAGCGUGCUGGAACACCACCGGGACCUAAUGAAGCGAGUGACUGGCUGCAUCCUCUCCAACGUAAAUACGCCUUCCAUGACCCCAGUGAUUGGCCAGCCCCAGCACGAGUCUCCCCAGCCCAUCUACCAGAACAGCAAUGUUUCCAACAAGCCCACUGCAGCAAAGAUCUUGGGGAAGGUAGGAGAAAGCCUGAGCAGGAUCUGUUGUGUUCGUCCUCCAAUGGAGCGUUUUACCUUCGUGGAUGAGAAUGCAAAUCUAGGCACAGUCAUGCGGUACGAGGAAAUUGAGCUUCGCAUCUUGUUGCUGUGCGGCAGCGACCUGCUGGAAUCCUUCUGUAUCCCAGGCCUUUGGAACGAGGCAGAUAUGGAGGUGAUCGUUGGAGACUUCGGAAUCGUGGUGGUGCCCCGGGAUGCGGCGGACACAGACCGAAUCAUGAACCACUCCUCCAUACUCCGCAAGUACAAGAACAAUAUCCUCGUGGUGAAAGAUGACAUCAACCACCCCAUGUCCAUCGUCAGCUCAACCAAAAGCAGACUGGCUCUCCAGCAUGGGGACGGACACGUCGUGGACUACCUGUCCCAACCUGUCAUUGACUAUAUCCUGAAGAGCCAGCUGUAUAUCAACGCCUCGGGAUAAAUCUGCUUGCUUCCACCUCCCUUUGGCACUGCAGUAAUGCAGCCCUGUGGCUCCAGUCUCCUACAGUUCUCCAUCUCACUUCUCUCUGUCUGUCUGUCUCUUUCUCUCUUCUUCCUCUUUCUACGGUCCCCCCGCGGGAAUCUGUCACCUCAUUCACUGACUCUAUUUGAGCCCAAAGGGCAGGCCUCUUCAGAGAACCAUGGCAUAUUCCAGUUAACACACCAUUGAGCAUUCAUCUUUGGAGAACCUUUCUGCUUGUUCUUGGAGUGGGUGCAACCCAUAGAGGUGUACUGGUGUCCGUUUCCCAGCAUGCUCUAGGGAGGCGGCUCUGGUGCCAACCUUCCCAGCAUGCUCAGGGAGGUGCCUCUGGUGUCCACCUUCCCAGCAUGCUCUAGGGUGGUGGCCCUGGUGCUCACCUUCCCAGCAUGCCCUUUAUCGCAAAGGGCUGGUCCUUUUUCCACUCCUCGUAGAACUCGGAUGAAGUCCAUGUCUGUGAUCCUUUCCAUUGGUAGUUUUUAACAUGAAUCACUUUGGUGUUGCUCGAUGCAAUGCGUGACUACAAAUGGCCUCGGCACUCAGAACUCUGGGAGCCCUUCUGGCCAGGGCCGUAGGCAGGGUUCACCUUAUGCUGGAAUAAUCAGGGUGUCCUCCUUUGGCCAGCGAUUUAGCUUUGAGAUCCCAGAUGUCGGAAAGAAAAUUUCUAUAGGUCUAGGAUUGCGGUGCCACUGGAAAGAACUGGAACCUCUUCUUCAGAUGGCUUCUCAUUUCUCUGAGUGAUCAUUUCCUGCUCUAAUAGUGAAAUAACUGCUCAUCCUUGGAUGCUGACCAAGCCAGUCCUUUCCAUGGUGACCCACAAAUCCUGUUGGGCUGGCUGUGUUCGGCUGUAUUUAACCAGAUUUUAGGGGACAGGCUGGAAAUGCCCCAUUAGCAAGUAUUUAUUCAGCACUCACGGUGCACUAGGAACAUACUGAAUCUGAAAGGGAUUACCUGCACCAGGCCAGAUCCUGAUAAUGUGACCAUUUUUAAAUUAGCAAAGAGAGCCUGGCAAAAGUAGUGCUCCUUGAGCACUCGGUCUCAUAGAGCCAAUCUUCUCCUGCCCUCUUCCCGUGUGUUGAAUUAGCAUCUGUGGGUAGCAGGUGCUAGGAGAAAAGCAAACUACAAUUCCCACAGGGUGAAGUGAUGUUUUGUAGGGUCUCGGUGUUCACACGCCACUGUAGUUGGGACCUGGGGUCUCUUCCCUUGGGACUCUUCUGUUUGCUAUUGGCCAAACAUUUCACAGUGUAGCUCUAGGCUCAUUGGGUUCAGUAGCAGCAUGGCGAAAUGCUGCAAAUCAGUUUCUAGUGGGAAGGUGAGUUCCCCACGCACAGCCUUCCACGGGAACGUGGGCCCUUCGGUGAGUCCAUUUGAUUGCAUGAAUUCAAAUUGCCUCCUUCCUUCACUAACUAAUUCCCAGUCUUUCCUCACCAUGCUCCCCCAUUCCUCCUUCCCCGUGGAAGCAGGAAGCACCAGCUCCCAGGAUCCCUUGCUCUGCCUGGGGGAGGUGAGGAUGGGCUUGUCCAGGCUGGAGCCCAUGACUCUCCAUUUUCAGGGUGCCCUGCCCCCUUUGAGGAAGGGUCUCAUCCCAGAGCCUGGGGUCACCUUUGGCCCCUGGCUGGAAGGAAUGUGAGCCCAGCCAGCCGGGCAUUAUUCUUCCUACCUGCCAAGGAACAAACCACCCUCGCUUCCCCCACUGAGGCUGCCGCCAUGCCAGCUUCCUACUGAAUUCCUUUUUAAAAGAAGGGCGCUGGGCCUGGCACAAAUGCUUCCGAAGCUGAGCGCAGGUUUCAUUCUCCACUCUCACAAACCCUCUCCUAGGACCCUAAGGUCCCAGCCAGAUUGGGAGACACUGACCCUUCCCCUCCCCUCUGGGUCACAUGGGAGCAGACCGGUGUCCAGCCGAGAAGAAAGAUCCCAUCUCAGAACGAGGCUUCCUUCUGUCUAUCUCUCACAGAUCCCAGUUGGGUGGGUUCUCUGCUUCUCUUAGAGACUCCACCCAGUCCCACACAAAAUUUCUCUCCCUGGGUCACAUAUGUGUGGACUGUGCAGUCCCUGGCAAGGAGGUAGGGGGUCCUGUGGCCUGGUGCCAAAGGAGAUUGAAGAUAGUAAGAAAAUGCUUGAAGGUGAGAGAGAAGCUGCUUAAGUUGGUCCAUGCCGGGGGUGGGAUGGAGCUGAAAGACCGAAACAGGGACUGACGGGCAGAAAAUAAGACCUCCCAGGAGUUUUGGAAGGUGUGAGGACCUGUGCCUGGUGCAAUACAAAUGAAAAGAACUUACGGUUGUUCCCAGAUUGGGUCAUCCUCUGCAUGGACAUUUCUAUUGCAAUAGGAUCCAAAUGGCUUCAGUGACCUGCUAAACUCCACGUACUGGCUUGCAGAAAGAAGCUAUAGUUGCUCUGGGGAGAGGUGUGCAUGUGUGUGCAUGCUGCCAGGGAAGGGGAAUGGGAAAGGUCAUCAAGUGUCAGGAAGGGAAGGAACAACUCGUGCCCCUUAGUGAGGUAGACAUGCCUGAUCGUGACAGGAGUAAUACAGAUAAUAGGAGAGCCACCAGGAGCUGCCAGGCCAUGCAACUCUGGAUCCCACCACGAGAAGUGUUUUCCUCUCUGGGCCAGGACAAAAACUUUCCCCAUCUUCUGCUCUGAAGUUAUGGGCCAGGGAAGCCUCGUGAGGAAGAAGAGAUCAGAAAGGGGGUGGUGGCACUGUGUGGGAAGGGGUCCGCAGCAGGUUUCCUGCAGCAUUUCUUGCCUUUGAGGGACAAAGCGUCAGCGCUUCCAAGGAGGAUCCUCUCGGCUACUCCUGAGGCAAACCAGAGAGAGUGUGGUGGAAGCAGGGAGGGAGAGAAACACGGUAUGUUGUUAGGAAGUCUCCUCUCAGAGCUCAUGCUGCUACUGUUGUUGGUAUCUCAGGAUUGAUGGUCUCCGUGGCUUACCUCUUCAUAUUGUUAAUGGAUUUCCCAGAGAUGGAAAACUUCUCUCUCCUUAAUGACUGAUACACAGACCCAGGAGUUAGCUCAUUUUAGGCCAGCAGAACACGUGUGUAUUUCUGAACUCUCCAACUUCCAAACAGUUUCAGAGAAAUAGCAAGGCUCUUCCUGCUGAAAAUAGAAAGCCAGGUGCCAUAUUUCUCCAUUCCCAAAAUGCCACCAGAGGAAGGGAGUACGGUGGAAAACCGAUAUUCUAACAAAUCACUCAAACCUCCACUGCUGCACACAGACACACACCAACAUCUGCAAACACAAUGUUGAGGGGUUGAGAAGUGCAGUGGCACAUUUGAGAUUGGGCUCCCAAAAGAAAACUUGGGGAAUCUAGAUUGCAGGCUCCUUGGGGGCAGAGAACAUGUCUACCAAAUCUGUUAUGUUGUAUGCUCCCAAGCACUUAGUCCAGUUCUCUGCAUACAAUAAGCGUUCAAUAAAUAAAAAGAAUGGACUGAUCAGAAGGGUGACUUCCCACAGCCCCACUCCCAAACCCAGAGGCAAACGGGAAGUGCCAGAAAUUAUGGCCAUGGAAAAGGGUUUUGGAGCUCCUCCAGUUUAGAACAGAAUGCCUUAGGAACAUAGCAUUGUGGUAAAGAUGAAUAUACUCUGUCUCACUAGUCUUGUCUACGCUGCCUUCAUCUAGUUGCUCAGUAAAACUCUCACAAUGUGGUUUCCGUGUAGCCUUCGUUUGGAGUGAACUGCCGUCAAAACCGUUCUAGCUGGUUGGGAAUGAGCCGUGGUUCGGACCUCUGGGCCAAGCCACAAAGGCCAGCCGGGACACGGUUGGUUUUAACGGUCUCUGGAGACAGUGGGGGAGGGAGGGGCUUUGGGGCGGGGAGGGUUCCAUUUUGGUCAUUGAAUCUGCCAUUUGAACAGUAAGUUUUAUGUUACUGAAACAGAUUCAUUAAAGAAUAUGUUCAAGUUUUGAUGUCGUCAUUUCACAUCGGUGAAAUAUUUUGAGUAAAAUUUUGUUGCUAAAAAAAGGUCAUGGACAAAUGUUUUAUCAGCAAAAUGUUUCAAUUAUGUAAUAAAUAAGAUGAUGCCAUU